UCUUUUACUUGUCAAAGUAGAAAUCUGUACUUUGACAUUUGAGAAACGUCAACUGGUUUUAGGUUAGGUGCAAGACCAUUUGUUCGUUAUAAUAGUGGCGUUAGCAUAUAAUGAGCAAAUUCAGAAUGUUUUCCGACGAAUUUGAACAAGGUUAUGAUUACAACAGCUAUGAUGAAUAUGGGGCUCACACAGGGGACCCCAACUUGGAUAAUGAAUACAAUAAACAGCACCUAAAGAUGCCGGAAAUAGUCAAAAAUUUCUUGAUUUAUUUCCGCAAUUGUGUAAAUGAAGGUUUAAUCUUUGAGUUGCAAACUUUGUAUGAAACUUCAUGGCCAAAACUAACAGAAGAUUAUUUCGAGAAGCGUCCCUGGCCAGAAGAAUCAGAAGUGUCUGCGUUAGUCGACAGUGAUCCUGUUUUCAUGAUCCUUUACAAAGAGCUCUAUUUCCGCCACAUUUACGCACGCAUUCAGGGGGGCCCAACCCUUGAGCAACGUUUCAAUUCAUUCUAUAAUUAUUGCGACCUCUUCAACUACAUCCUAAGCGCAGAUGAACCUGUGCCUCUGGAACUCCCCGACUUGUGGUUAUGGGAAUUAAUCGACGAAUUCGUGUACCAGUUUCAAUCCUUCGCGCAAUACAGAGCCCGUCUUCAAAAGAAAACAGCUCAAGAAUUGGAGACUCUAAACUCGCACAAUAAAGUAUGGAACGUACUUUGCGUAUUGAAUGUACUGCAUUCUUUAGUCGAUAAGAGUAACAUUAAACAACAAUUGGAGGUUUGCGCUAGUGGGGGAGACCCCGAUUCGGUUGCUGGUGAGUUUGGGAGUCACUCGCUGUAUAAAAUGUUGGGCUACUUUUCCCUGAUUGGGCUUUUGAGACUUCAUUCCCUACUUGGGGAUUAUUACCAGUCGAUCAAAGUGUUGGAAAAUAUUGAACUUCACAAGAAGUCGCAAUAUGCCCACAUCCCGGCUUGCUUGAUCUCAACAUCGUACUAUGUCGGAUUUGGGUACAUGAUGAUGAGGCGCUAUUCUGACGCUAUUCGCACUUUUUCGUCGAUUUUGUUAUACAUUCAGAGAACCAAACAAUUGUUUGCUUCGAAAAGCUACCAACACGACCAGAUUAACAAACAAACCGAUCAAAUGUACCACUUGUUGGCCAUUUGUUUGGUUUUGCAUCCUCAAUGCAUCGACGAAUCGAUUCAACAAACUCUGAGAGAGAAAAGCUACCACGAAAAAAUGUACAAGAUGCAAUAUGGCGACCUCCAGGAGUUCGAAAACUGUUUCGUUUUCGCCUGUCCUAAAUUCCUUUCUCCGUGUCCUCCACCAGUCGAUUCCAUCCCUGAUGACUACUCAAAAGAGGCGAUCCGCCACCAAACUCAAGUUUUUAUGGAUGAAGUACAGCAACAAAAGAUGUUGCCGACUAUCAGAAGUUACUUGAAGUUGUACACUACUUUGCCUAUUGCCAAAUUGGCAACUUUCAUGGCACAGAACAAGAACAGCGAGGGCAAGUUCGACGUUGAUAAAGAGACGCAGAAUCUGUUGAUUCAUUUGUUGUGCUUCAAACACAAAAUGAAGAAUGUGGUGUGGUCGAAGGGGUCGUCGGGGUUGGAAGGAAAGUUGGAGAGUGGCUCAGAGUUGGAUUUCUAUAUCGAUAACGAUAUGAUCCACAUUGCCGAUACGAAGGUGGCUCACAGAUACGGCGAUUUCUUUAUAAGGAAAAUUUUAAAGUUUGAAGAUUUGAAUAGAAAACUUCACAAUCUUAAAUUGUAAGUGUGAAGUAUCACUUUUGCAUUCGACGAAUAAAAUGGAAUGAAAUAA